AUGGCACCUCCAGCCAAGCUCGGUUUUAUUAACACGAUAUGGGAUGAGCUUACCGAUGACGAUUUUCCUGCACGGUUGCCUAGUGCUCCGUCAAAUAUAGAAACUAUCGCUCUUUGGGGCCCUCGUUAUCCAGGACAAAAGAUUCACCCAGAUAGCCCUUUUGUUACGUCGCCUGUAGAAGAUCAUUUAGGAGACGAGGCUAUUGGAAGUGAGGAAGCUCCGGACCAUCCUGAGAUUUGGAGUCGAAUAAUUAAUCUGUGCAAUAUGCUUCGCAAUCUAAUCGAACGUCUCCCAGACUCGGAGCCCGUUGAAGACCUCACUACUAGAGAGCAUAACCCAAAUGGCCCAAUUACAUCCCACCAACUAUUGGCGUUCGGAGAGUGUUUUAUUCAUUCCCUGGAGCCGCUUCGACCUCUUUUCCCAAACAAGUUGACCGAAGCUGCUCUGGAAAAGAAUCCAGACUUCAAAAAAUACGUUCAAAAACUUGAACACAAGUUUGAUGAAAUUGAGCGAGUUCUUAGCCGCAUUCCAGAAGUUUAUGAAGAGGUUACGAAAGAAGCAUGCAAUGAAGUUAUGGUCGAGGUCGAGGCCAUCAUGAUUUGCUUAGGCAUCGGUCUAGGGGAUGAAUGA